AUGCACGUCUGCACCGGACGUGCGGUUACCUCGCAGAGCACCAACGGGCAGGCAGACAGACAGGCGGCAGACGGCAGCUGCAAGAUCGGGAGACCCGUCUGUUCGCACAGCUAUCCAAGGAAGGAAAGUAAUCCCCCUGUCGUGUCCAAGUCCGUCAGAUAUGACGAGUCUGAUGUGAGAGAGUGGCGGGAGAGUGGACGGAAACAACGCGCACAGCAGCUACGCCAACGGGAAUCUCGCUUGACGUGGCCUUACCCGCGCACCGCACCUUACCUUACGUACGGAGACCCAGUCCAGGGGCGAGAGACAGCAGGCACCCGUAUAACGGCUGAAGGGCUGAAUGGCUGGCCGGUGGGCUGGCACGUAGCCAAAGAGGCGGUGGGCCAGGUUUUGUUUCCCAUCCACCCUGUCUGUCCUCCCCCCUCCCCUGUUGUCGGGCUGAGAUUGGAAUUGAAGCUUGCCCAUGCUUGCUUGCUUGCUUCCUCCCACGCCUCCUCCCCUGUCGCCUACGUUGGUGGGGACCCGGGAAUGCUACAGAGAGCUUCUGCAAAUCCCACUCUCCGUCUCUUGUCGACUUCGAUUCGGGGCACAUCCCCAUAUACCGCAUGCAUUCUGCUUACGCUCUCUAAAUGGCGACGGCCUCGCUCACCCCUGCUCGCGAGGCUUCCCGCUAUGAGAGCUGGCUCCAUCCUUGUCACCUCCCAGCUCCCAGUCUCCUGUGUCCCCUUGUCCCCGUUCGCCUACGCUUAUGCCGCUGGCCGACCGUUGAUCGACGGGAGCCCAUUGGCCCGGCGCGCAGAGCAUGGGGUGAACAUGUUCCAUAGCCGUCCCGACCCAGAGGACUAUUCCAUUGAGAACCACUACUCAGCCCAGAUGCAAUCGCAUCUCAGAUUCAACCUCACAUCGUUUUUCCAGCUGCUGGCCCAGAGGCUUCCCAAGAAAUUAGGCUAUACGCCAGACCAGUUCCACUUGAUCUCACACCUCCCCCCUUUCUCUUUCGUGGCCGUUUCCUCAUGGACGACCAAAACCUGUCUAACCCCUCCGGGCAUGAUCACCAACUACAACGGCAGCCGUAUUCCCACAGCUACACCCUCCACUGAAGUCAUGUUUAGAUUGGAUCCUAGUAACGCAGAUGAUCGCCGGGCUUCCGAUGUGAUGUGGAAUCAUUUCGCCAAGGAAGUCUCUCAGCUGCUGAACCCCUGGACCGCAAAUGUUCAUAACCUCAACGGUCUCUUUCGCCCGUAUGAUACGCACGUACUUUCAAUCUUCUCAUUUUAUUUUCUCUUGGUCAAGGCCCUGAAAACAUCUCCCCUUGACCAAAUCUUUCUUAAUCAUAUCGCUGUGAAUGUAAUCAAUGACGACAACGUCAAGGAGGAGAAGCGAUGCGAGAUCUGCAGUCGUAGAACGAAGAGGAACGGCCGCCAUUUUUUUUUUGUUCCAUUCAAAUGCACGCUGUGUCGGGCUACGGGUGUCGACUUAGCCGAACGAUCCAACGUCUUUUUCUUGUGGUUGCAAACGGCCCGUAUGGCUGGGUCUAGUCUUCCUGGUACGUUCUGGAUAUGGGUCGCCGCGGACCAGGCCCUCACCCUACUGUCUGAAACGGUCAACGGUGACUUGGUAGCUGCGCCGGCGCUUCGGACGACAACGCCUCUCACCUUCCCUAGGCUCACGAUUGGUCGAGCUGAGAUGGAGGACUCGGCAUCGUCCAUGCGUGCUCACACAGCCCGUGUGGUUAAUCACGAAGUGGGUGUCACUGAGGCAAGACACCGGAAUACUUUCGGAUACUGCGCUUGGAGAACGACUGGCUGGUUUUCCCUGCUUGUUGUUGUUGGCCAAGUUUGCUUCGAUCGUUUGAAGACGACUGGUCCCUCGUGUACCGGCCGGCUUCCUUCUUUUGGCUUCAGGUUGCUGCCAUCCGCUGGUGGUACUCCGUACCAGGGAUCGCCAACGGGACACAAACAUUCCGAGGGCGGGCGACCAGGGUCCAGCGAAGAUCACGGUGCACCGUGGCACCUCGUUUUCCGCCCUCCCCUCUUCUCCUGUGCUUGUCGCUCGCCCCUAUUGAUGGACAACCGAAUGCCUCGCCAAUUCCUCAACAGUUGGUGGGAGCGCGCGCGGAAGGCAAUAGACAUUAGACGAAAAUACUCCUUGGGCCUCGGCAGCAGAUACGUCGCUGUCGCGCUGCCUUGGCCACGUCUGUGCUCCUUCUCCUCUGGAUAUUUUCGGUUACAAUUCGUCAUUCCUCAAGAUGAUGUACGGGAUAUGGUCGCGGGAAGCGGGAAGAGGGGUCUCUUCACCUCGUCCUUGCGUCGUUUGAAGAAUUGUCAUGGCAAAGCCACAAGAGCAAUGGGAUCGGCCUCGAGGAAGAGAGGCGGUGGUGGGGGCUAG